AUGUUAACUUAUCAUAAAGUUAUGAGUCUUCUUAAAGAUAAUUCUAUACGAAGAAAAGUCCCGAAUCAACAGUCAGAUUCAACAACAGAUUUUAUUGGUUUUGGUAAUUUACCGAAUCAAAUUCAUCGUAAACUAGCUAAACGUGGUUUUGAACUUACACUUAUGGUCGUUGGUGAAAGUGGACUUGGUAAAACAACAUUAAUUAAUAGUCUAUUUCAAAGGGAUCUUCAUUCGCAACAACAUCUUUCGAAUGCUGCUCCAGAACAACUUUAUUCGUCAAUCAAAAUUGAACCAUCAACUAUUGAUAUUGAAGAAUGCGGCGUUAAAGUGCGCUUAACUAUAAUUAAUACGCCUGGUUAUGGUGAUAGUAUCAAUUGUACUGAUAAUUAUAAAUCAAUAUUAAAUUAUAUUGAUAAUCAAUUUGAGCUUUAUUUCGAUGCUGAAAGUGGCCUUAAUCGUCGAAGCAUAUCUGAUAAUCGUGUUCAUUGUCUUUUUUAUUUUAUUUCAUCAUUAGCGCGAGGUUUUAAGCCGUUAGAUAUUGAAUGUAUGAAAGCAUUACAUCAUAAAGUAAAUAUCAUUCCAAUAAUUGCAAAAGCUGAUGCAUUAACAUCCGAUGAACUUAUUCAAAUGAAACAAAACAUUAUUGAACAAAUUCAUGGUCAUCAUAUUCAAAUCUAUCAAAUACCUGAUUGUGAUGCAGAUGAAGACGAAGAAUUAAAAGAAAAAAAUAUUCAAUUGAAAAGCUGUUUACCGUUUGCAAUUAUUUCAUCGACACAAUGCUUUGAAGCUAAAGGAAAACAAAUUUAUGGACGAAUAUAUCCAUGGGGUUUAAUUGAUAUCGAAAAUUCUAAUCAUUCUGAUUUUCUCAAACUUCGAAAUAUGUUAAUAAUACAUAUGCAAGAUUUACAACAAGUAACACAUGAAUUUCAUUAUGAAAAUUAUCGAUUGGAGAAACUUCAAUUAAAAAAAUAUGACGGACCACAAAGAAAAUUACUUCAAGAAAAAGACAAUGAACUUCGUCGAAUGCAAGAUUUACUUUGCAAAGUACAAGGGCAACUAGCUGAAAAAUUGUAA